UUGGGAUACACCAGUUUAAUCAGAAUUUUGACAGUACAAAUGUUCUAUUAAAUACAUAUAAAAAAAGGCUUAAUUAAACACAAACAAGAGAAGUUGAAAUCAUUUAAACAGAUGCAUCUUAUUUAAUAAUUAUGGAAAACAUCUCUUCUGCUAGAACGUUUGAAAACUUGAGUGAAAGCACAAAUAGUACGAACAUAACGUAUGAUCUACCACCAGAGCCGCCGUUAUAUAUUGUGCUUACAUCAACAUUGCUUUACAGUUUGAUUUUUGUGGUUGGUAUAUUAGGAAAUAUUCUUGUUACCAUAGUUAUAACAUUUAGUCGGUCGAUGAAGACAACUGUAAAUAUGUAUUUAAUGAAUUUGUGUGUCGCCGACAUUCUUGUAAUUAUUGUUUGCAUGCCGACUGCACUCGCAGAUAUCUUCACAAAAGAAGUAUGGUACUUCGGAGAAGCUAUGUGUAAACUGGUGCCAUUCCUGGAAAAUGUUGUAGCAAACGCUUCAGUGCUGACUAUACUGGCCAUAAGUUUCGAAAGAUACAGAGUCGUUUGCAAUCCUUUAAAGGUAAAUGAAGACACCAACAGAGUAUGGAAGAUAGUUGUCCUAAUCUGGGUUAUAUCGUCGGGUGUCAGUCUACCUUGGUUGUCCAUAGCUAUUGUAAAGAAUUCGGAAUUUCUAGAUGGCACGCCAAUACAGGUAUGCAGAAUUCCAAUCAUCGAACUGUGGCAAGAAAUAUUCAUUGUUCUGUUGGCUGCUCUAUUUUUCUUGCUUCCAUGUGUAACACUAUUUUUGUUGAACUGCCACCUUUGCAGGGUACUCAACCAGGCUGGAGAAUAUGAUAUGUGUAUUCACCAAGCUGGAAAUGACCGACGAAAACGGCAAAAUCAAGUUGCAAACAUUAUUGCAUCCAUAGUAACCGUGUUUUUUGUAUGUCAUCUACCAUUCAGAGUUGCCGGACUUUGGCUCUCGUUCGCAGAUCCGCGAACAAUAGGACGUCUAGGACUGGAGCGGUAUUUGGGUAUUGUUUACUCAACAAGAAUCCUUUUUUACUUGAAUCAUGCUUUGAACCCAGUUGUUUACAAUUUUGUUUCAACAAAGUUUCGAUGUGCUUUGAGUGAUCUUUUUGCUAACACUGUUUGCUCGGGAUUUGGCAAUUUGCUGACAAGGAGAAAGUUGAAACUUUCGACAACUACUGCUUCUACUAAACUAACUGUGCGGAAAACUACUAGUUCAAAGGGACAUCCUUAUAACUCGCCAGUCCAGGGGCGUACUUCAAAUGAUAUAAACAAUGAACAGUUGUUUGAUCAGAAAUAUAAACUAAGGAUUAACCUUGAAGACAAACGUGUAGCAAUUAAAUUUAACUUUAUUACAAAUCAGGAUUGUAUAUAAGCUUUUGUGUUGUUCGGAACUUACAAAUCUGAUGUUUAGUAUGGAAUAUUCAUGCAACUUUUA